AUGCCUGCUGUAGCCAAAUUAAUGAACAUGAAGGGGCACAAUGGCCUCCUCCCCUGCAGAAUGUGUAAGAUCACUGCAGUGCACAGCCCAGAAGAGAGGGGAAGCUAUGUACCUCUCAACAGAGCUCGUUUCCCCCUCCAGGAAGGCCAGCAACCCUCCCACAACCCCCUCAACCUCUCCCUAUAUGAGCAUGCUUCAAUGCUUCACAAGGCCAAGCAAGUGUCAAAUGCUGCAAGCAAUGCAGAGUUGAAUUGCCUUGCUAGGGACUCUGGGAUGAAGGGAGUUAGUAUCUGGAGGCAUCUGGGAAGCAUAGUGUGGCCCACCUCAUUUCCCCUUGACUUCAUGCAUCUCAUUUUCAAAAAUAUUGCCCCCCUCCUCCUCAAACUCUGGAUGGGCAAGCAUCCUCUCUGCAAGGAGGAUGCUGGCUUUGUAAUUCCUGCAAACAUUUGGUCAGCCAUUGCCUUACAAGUGGGAGAGAGUGGGGCAACCAUACCUGGAGCCUUUGGAUGCCGAGUCCCCCAUCUCCUCCUCAAGCAGCAUGAGUUCACAGCAGAGGCAUGGAUGCUGUGGCUCACCCAGUUGGCACCUGUUGUAAUGUCAGGAAGAUUUGAAGGGAGAGCUUACUAUACUCACCUAGUGAAGCUCUCCCAUUGUGUUACUCAAUGCCUCUCCUUCUCCCACCCUCCUGGCUUUGUGGACAAUCUUUGCAAGGCUCUGGCUGAGUGGGUGGUUGAGUAUGAGCAACUGUACUCAUGA